AACCCUAAACCCUAGAAGGAGGCGCUUCUAGUCUUCUAGAGACUUCUUUUCUCUAGAACCCACUCUGCCUAACCCAUCCAGUCCGCUCUAUUUACGUCCUCCACUGCCACCACGCAUAGCCGUUUUUUUCCUGUGCAAAGCGACACUCCAAACCCUAACCAUAACUCCCUUUUACUUCUGUCCCCUUCUCUGCAACUCUAACUCCAAUCAUGUAUCGCGUGGCUGCCAAUCUUGCUUCCAAAGCCCGGAUCGCUAGGAACACUACACAGCAGGUUGGUAGCAGGUUGAGUUGGAACAGGAACUAUGCGGCUAAAGACAUUAAAUUCGGGGUUGAAGCUCGUGCUUUGAUGCUUAAGGGUGUUGAAGAACUUGCUGAUGCUGUUAAAGUAACCAUGGGUCCUAAGGGGCGUAAUGUUGUGAUUGAACAAAGCUUUGGUGCUCCCAAGGUGACAAAGGAUGGUGUCACUGUUGCAAAGAGCAUUGAGUUCAAGGACAGAGUAAAGAACAUGGGUGCUAGCCUUGUGAAGCAGGUUGCCAAUGCAACCAAUGAUGUGGCAGGCGAUGGUACCACUUGUGCCACAGUCCUUACACGUGCAAUAUUUUCAGAAGGCUGCAAGUCAGUGGCAGCUGGAAUGAAUGCAAUGGAUCUAAGGCGUGGGAUCACAAUGGCAGUGGAUUCUGUAGUGACAAACUUGAAGAGCAGAGCACGAAUGAUUAGCACAUCUGAGGAGAUAGCACAGGUUGGCACAAUAUCAGCAAAUGGGGAGAGAGAAAUUGGUGAGCUGAUAGCCAAGGCUAUGGAGAAAGUUGGCAAAGAGGGAGUCAUUACCAUAGCUGAUGGGAAGACACUAUAUAAUGAGUUGGAAGUUGUUGAGGGAAUGAAGCUGGACAGAGGCUAUAUCUCUCCGUAUUUCAUCACUAACCAGAAGACUCAAAAAUGUGAAUUAGAAGAUCCUCUGAUCCUAAUCCAUGAGAAGAAAAUUUCAAGCAUAAAUGCUGUGGUUAAGGUGUUAGAGCUUGCCCUGAAGAGGCAAAGACCUUUGUUAAUUGUUGCAGAAGAUGUAGAAAGUGAUGCACUUGCAACUCUCAUUUUAAAUAAACUUCGAGCUGGAAUCAAGGUCUGUGCCAUUAAAGCUCCUGGUUUUGGAGAAAACAGGAAGGCUGGUUUGCAGGAUCUUGCAAUUCUAACAGGGGGUGAUCUCAUAACAGAAGAACUUGGAAUGAAUCUGGAGAAGGCAGACUUGGAUAUGCUUGGAACAUGUAAAAAGGUCACAAUAUCUAAGGACGACACUGUCAUCCUGGAUGGUGCUGGUGACAAGAAAUCCAUCGAAGAGCGGUGUGAGCAGCUAAGGUCUGCAAUUGAAGUGAGCACUUCUGAUUAUGACAAGGAGAAAUUGCAAGAGAGGCUAGCAAAGCUUUCUGGUGGUGUUGCUGUUUUGAAGAUAGGGGGAGCCAGCGAGGCUGAAGUUGGUGAGAAAAAGGAUAGAGUUACUGAUGCUCUAAAUGCCACCAAGGCAGCUGUGGAAGAGGGAAUUGUACCAGGUGGUGGUGUUGCACUUCUUUAUGCUUCAAAAGAGUUGGAUAAGCUGCAUACUGCGAACUUUGACCAGAAGAUUGGUGUUCAAAUAAUUCAGAAUGCUCUCAAGACACCAGUGCAUACAAUUGCAUCAAAUGCUGGGGUGGAGGGAGCUGUAGUCGUUGGCAAGCUGUUGGAGCAGGAUAACCCUGACCUUGGAUAUGAUGCAGCCAAAGGUGAAUAUGUAGACAUGGUCAAGGCAGGGAUCAUCGACCCACUGAAAGUGAUUAGAACUGCAUUGGUAGAUGCUGCAAGCGUGUCAUCUUUGAUGACGACUACCGAGGCUGUUGUAGUUGAGCUCCCAAAGGAUGAGAAAGAAGCUCCAGGGAUGGGCGCUGGUAUGGGAGGCAUGGAUUAUUAAAGCUCUGAUGUCUUCACCAAGUAGACAAGCAGUGAUCUGAUACAAUCAGUUUAGUAUAUUCAUAAAAUCACACAGAUUGAGGACAUUAGGGUUUUGAACGGUGGUGGGUUCAUUUUUCCUCAACUAUGGUUUUUCUGUCCUCUGCACUAUUUAUUUUGUUAAAUUAUUUUUCUUGUUAUGAGGCUCAAAAUCCGUGUAAUCGUAGUGAGAGGGAAGUUUUGUUCAUGCUGGUACGUAAUUGGAGUAAAAGCCAUUGCUGAUGAUUGUAAAGACUCCUCUUGAGCACUCUGUUCAGAAGGGAAAUCAGGAUUAGGUUUAUCUCAAAAUGAAAAAUAAAAAUGCAACUUUCUUCUGCUGCAAUAGCAACACUUGAUCCUCUUAUUGAUUGAUAUUGACGUUUGUGUGCUGAUAA